UUCGGCUUUUGCCACCAUGACGCUGAGUCUCAGCAGUCUACCAGAGGACAUCUUGUAUAACGUUUUCUACUUCCUAAGUCCUGUUUCUAUCCUCAAAGUCAGACAGGUCUCCAAGGAUCUUUACUCGCUUACUCGCCAGAAGAUAGUCUGGACAAACGCAUAUCGAACCUCGAACAGCUUUCUUCCGGUAGAGCCUCCUGCCGAUGCGUCCGCCUUUGAAGUGGAACGCGCUCUACUUUCUGCCAUCAAGCUAGACGAGGCAUGGAGAAAACCUCAGCCAGAACAUGUGUGCAAACGUUUUCUCAAGUACUCCCCGGGAAGGUCCGACAAUAUCUAUAUCAAGUUAUACCACGGACGAUACCUGAUGAUUGGGUCGCGCUCCUCGUUUUCAUUCUAUGAUCUAGAUGCUAAACCGGAAGACUGGGGUCGCCCUAUCUUCGGGUCUGGCGAGUCCGAAUCCACGUAUUCGAUCUAUCGCGUCAACACGGACGAUUCUGCCAAGGUUUCGUACAUAUCUGCUGUGGCAAUGUCACGGUUGCCCCAAUAUUUCAUUCGCAUAUGGCAGAUUGACUUUGUUGGCAAAACGCUCCUGCAAGUUGCGGAUGUACCUAUAGGGAGGAACAUGUCAAGUUUUGCAAAGAUCACGAACGGAUGGCUGGUGCAUGGUGCUAACAGACAGCAAGGGUCAAACGCCUUCAAUGCCGUGCUGUUCCACAUACCCACUCGGCGGAUAUAUGAAGUACCCGUUUAUGUUCCUUCUCCAGGAAGUGGAGAGGAACGCAUCUUUCAAAUAGACUACAUCAUCGCUCCUCAGCAUCUUCUCCUCAUGUAUAUAUCAAGACGACAGACCCUAUUCGAGGCCUUCCCACUUCCAAAUACCAACGAUACCGUCAUUAAUAGAGUUUUAUCCGGUUCUCACAGUGGCAUCUGUCCAUCUGGAUUCACCGAAACCACCUUUGUCAGCGCGUCGGACCAAGCGAAACGUAUACGUCUCCUGGGAAGCGUCAUCACAGGACCCGCACGAGGUAUGCCGGGUGUCAGAGUAUUCGACGUGGUUCUGAAAAGAGAUGGGUUAAUUUCGUUUCCGGAGGAGUGCUACAAUAAUCCCAUGUCUGGAUACAAUCUUCAUUUAACGCUAUCACGCUCUGGAGCCGUGCGGGGUAUCUGCAUGGCACCUACCACAUUCACCCUUUUGCGUGUUGAUUUUGGACCUACUGCUGCUGGUGACAUGCAGCUGGACAUCACGGAACUUGGGUUGAAGAUGGAUGGCGUCAUUGCUUACGAUGUCGAUUUCGACGGCUUUCGUGGACGGUUGUGUCUCGUUCGCGAUGAAGGUGUGAUGAUACUAGACUACAUAUAGAGUUUCGAUGUCAUACAAGUACACAUACGACGAUAAACUAGUACUGUAAGAUUCGAUGAUCCGUCGCUACUUGAUGAUCCACGUAUACUCAUUUGACAUGGAGGACUCGGCAUGAAACUUGGCUUAGGAGAACGUUCCUCGUCUCCAAAGGCUUGGCUCCUUUGAUAAAUGUCGUCUAGCUUAGAAGAAAAUAUGUCUUCUAGGACUUGAU